AUGGCUUCUAAUGAAGAAAUACAAGGAUCAUCAUCAUCUAUAGAUGAACCUCCAUUGUGGGAUUAUGUGGAAAAACUAGAAAAGCAAGGUUCGGGAGGAACUUGGAAAUUCAAGUGCAAAGUUUGUGGUGAAAAUCAACAAGGGUCGUAUUCAAGAGUUAGAGCACACUUGCUCGUUAUAAAAGGUAUGAUUUGGUUGUUGUUUAAGAGAUUCAAACUUGUCAAACGGGGUCUACAAGCUAUGGUCAUAAGUGAUGAAUGGGCUUCUUAUAGAGAGGAUGACACGGUGAAAGCUAACUCUGUUAAAAAGAAGAUUUUGGAUGAUGAUUGGUGGGAUAAAGUAUCAUACAUUCUUAGUUUUACUGAACUGAUAUAUGAUAUGAUUAGAGUUUGUGACACCGACAAACCAUGUCUACAUUUGGUGUAUGAGAUGUGGGAUUCAAUGAUUGAGAAGGUGAAGGCCGAGAUCUACAAGAAAGAAAAACUUUCCUUAUCUACUUGUAGUAUCUUUUAUGAUGUUGUGCAUCAAGUUUUAGUGGCUCGAUAUUAUAGUAACGCAUGGUUACUUGAGGAUAGUAAAAGACUCCCUCCUCAUAGGGAUGGAGAAAUUUCACAAGAAAGGCAGACUUGUUUUAGAAGAUUGUUUUCUAAUGAUGAUGAGCAUGAUAGAGUCUUGGAGGAGUAUGCUUUGUUUUCAAUGAAGGUUGGUCCUUUUGAAGAUUUAACAUGUAUUACAAAGAUGGAUACUAUGGAACCCAAGUCAUGGUGGGCUAACUUUGGUGCUCAAACCCCUCUUCUCCAAACUUUAGCUUUUAAAUUACUUGGACAACCUAGUUCAUCUUCAUGUGCUGGGCGAAAUUGGAGCACCUAUGCAUUUAUCCACUCGCUUAGGAGGAACAGAUUGACUGUGAGUCGUGCUCAAUACUUGGUUUACAUCCGCAACAAUCUUCGGCUUUUGUCUAGGGCCCCUAAUGAUGGUGUAAAUAUGUGGGAUGUGGGUAGAGAUUCUUUUGACUCGAUGGAAAAUGUAGGAUUUUUGGAGUUUGCUGAUCUUUCAUUAGAUGGACCGGAACUUGAAAGCGACUUGCUUGUUAAUGUUUGA